AUGUCGCUGCCCUUGGCGACGUUGAGGGAACUCCAGAAGCUCGCAGCACUCAACGCAAAGAGCGUGAUCCUUGAACGACAGUACGAGGUGAUCAAGAAACAUGUGAGGGAGUGCAACUCCCUCUCGAGCGAAGACUGGGAGGCCUUCGAUUUGGCAUGGGACCUGAGGAGCAGCGGCGUGUUCUCGGAAGAAGAGUGGACCACGUAGGUUGAUGGAGACAUCUCGGGCAUCAUCAACAUCGCUCGCCCUACACUGUCUUCAGACCACGUUGCCGCGUCGUCUGCAUCCGGAAAGCGGUCAGCAGACGGUUGAGGGUGAGGGGGACCACUCUCAGGAGCGCACUCGCCACCUUUACGACUACCGUGUGCAUCUCGACCUAGACCAAAGUACGCGCAGCAUAAAGCUGCCGUUGGAAAUGUACAGAGGAGAUUCGUAUACGGUGGUGGGCUCGUGGAUCUUGCUUGAGAGGAGCACGGUCGAGCAGGUGGAUGGGGGCGGAGCUGCAGCCACGUUGGGUGUUAGUAGAGCAGGAAGGGAACGCAGGCCGAACGUGACCCUUAUCGACCAAGAAGGUUGAAGCCUUCGGAGUUUGUUUUCAUAUUUGUACUCAACCGCGAGCACAGCUGCUGCGGUGCGUGAUCCGGUCUAAGUCUGUUGUACAAACAUGCGGCCAAGUCGACGGCCAGUAAUCUUGGUGCCUGGUGAAUGGACAAUAUGGGCAUGGUACGGCGAAGUAUGGACGUGCUGUAUGGGGAUGAUGCAACUUUUUUAUCCGCAUGAAAUUCCACGCCAAUUUCCACGUCCCAUCGAUGUAUGUACAUAGCUGCGAGUCACCAAGGGCGUCCUGGUGCGCCUCUGGAGCACUCGACGGUGAAAUAAGAACAAGGACCCCGUUUUCAGCGACCAAAUGUCUGAUCGGAAUAAGAACAUGGCAAUAGGAAGAUGUGCUGGGGUUGAGGCAGCCAAUAAGCGUCGAGCCUCACGCCAAAUUUGACGCUCUUUGGUGCGGGUGCAAUCUGUACUGUUGUUGUUGUUGUUGUUGUCUUCACAUUAAACCGUAUGUCAGUUGCCAAAUGCCAAAAUCUAGCAAAAGAUUCUCAGCCCGUGGUCACGAAAGUGCUAGAGCCAUCUGAGGAUCUACAGAACACGCACACAUAUUAUUAAAGAAAAAGGUAUCCAAGAGCCCGAAGAGGUACACCUAAAAAUCCCUGCAGCACCGUAUGCGUGCCCAAAAACUGAACUGCACGUCCGUCCCACCGUUCGACUACAGUAGCAUCACCCCCUCCCUGUCCCACUCUAUACCAAAACGGAAGAUUGCCGACUACAG